GACCGCCUUAGAAUACUAUAAAUAAAACAAGAUAAAUCCUCUAUUUCUCCUUCGAAAAGCAUCGAAAAAGUUAGGGUUUGCACUCUUCACGCGAAUCGCAAUCAUACUCUGGAAUUGAAGUAUGGGAAAGAGGAAAUCAAGAGCAAAGCCUGCUCCUAAGAAGCGAAUGGAUAAGCUUGACACCGUUUUCAGUUGUCCCUUUUGUAACCAUGGCACCAGUGUUGAAUGCCGCCUUGAUAUGAAGAACUUGAUUGGCGAAGCCUCUUGCAGGAUAUGCCAGGAAAGUUUCAGCACUGUUAUAACAGCUUUGACUGAACCAAUAGACAUAUACAGUGAAUGGAUCGAUGAAUGUGAACGGGUUAACAACCUUGAAGAUGAUGGAGAUCAGGAUGAAGGUUUGAUGCCUAGAAAACGGGUUUCAACGUCUGAGUGGGAUUAGCAAUAGCCAGGAAUGCUCUAGAACUUCAUAAGCCUGUAAUUAUGAUAGUUCCCACAGGGAAUCUGUGAUGUGCCAGCAUGCACAUUUUAACAGCAUCUUAUGAUGAAUGGCUCAAGUGAUCGAUUGUAUGGUAAGGGCUAUUAGCUAUUGUUUCAAGUUGUAUGAACAAAUUUAUGUUGAUGUAAUGCAAUAUGAAUGAUGCUUUCCAGAUUUAA